UUAAAGUUAAAUACAGUAUCCGUACCCGUUCAUGGCUUAGGACCCGGAGAGAUGUUCUUUGAUGGGUGUCAAUAAUCUCUGGUUUAUUUUAGAACCAGCCAAGAGAACGGAAAACCUCUCUGCCCUCCGCAACAAGACGCUCUGUGUGGACUUAAGUGGGUGGAUUUGCGAGGCUCAAUGUGCAAAAGGUUUGAAAAACAACGUAAAUAAACCGCACUUGCGAAAUCUUUUCUUCCGAUUGCUUCACUUGACUCGACUUGGAGUCAAGUUGGUGUUUGUUGUUGAUGGUAAACCACCUGAACUGAAAUGGGAUGCGAUCGCCAAGCGAGUUCAAGCGAGAGAUGACGGGCAGUUCUGCGAGGUCAAGAAACCCGCUAAAGCUAGCGCUGGCUCGGGGGCUCGUGUCGGUCGAUCGCAGUUUGCGAUUUGGGUCAGAGAGUAUCACAGAUCGUCACUGGCUCAGAAGACAGGUUGUCAUCUGACUUUGAAGACAAAUUUUGCCCCAGGAACUGGAACAGUGCGAAAAUGAAAAUAAACCUCUCUUUAUACAUGACAGAACACUAUCACUUUUCGGAAAAACAGAAUGAAUUAAUCAUUUUUUGAGCCAAAAAUAAGUUUCAUUCG